AUGAAGAAGUCGCCAGAAAUCAUUAGUGGCCGUAUGACAUUCGCUCUUACCUGCUAUUCAUUGCUGUUCAUGAGAUUUGCUUAUAAGGUUCAGCCCAGAAACUGGCUUCUGUUUGCGUGUCACUUUACCAAUGAAGGAGCUCAACUCAUUCAAGGAGCACGACUGAUCAAAUACAAGUAA